CAUUCAUCCGGAGUCAUUGUUUCUUAAACAGGAGGUGGUCGCUGUUAUUUGAUGCAAAGAGAAAAGGAAGAUGGAUGGCAGAUGGCUGUGAAGGCAACAGCAUACGAAGGACGGACAGCCAGCUCCAUCCAGACUCUCCAGCUGGUUCAAGGAUGAGCGCAGCAGGCUUGGUCCCCCUGGGGCUUGCUCUGAGGUUGAUGGCCACUCCUGCUAAGCCAGAGGAAGGCAGCGUUUGCUCUAAGAACCAAGUGGCUUUCAGAGACUCUUGCUACGAAUUUGUGCCUUUUGGCCGCUCUUUCUAUGGUGCCCAGAACUGGUGUGAGGAGCGAGGAGGCCAUUUGGUCUUUAUUCACGACGAAGGCACCCAGCGGUUUCUGCAAAAGCACAUCUCUCAGGACAGGGAAUGGUGGAUUGGACUCACAGGGAACUCGGCUCAGAAUGGAACUGCAGAAGGACCGGGGAUCUGGCUGGACACCUCAAAUGUGAACUAUAGCCACUGGCACGGAAGGCAGGCCUCUCCUGCUCCCGACACCUGCGGCUACAUCGGGAGAGACCCUUCUGCCAGGUGGGCUGCCUCAGACAACUGUGCACAGCUGUUCACCUUCAUCUGCGAGUUUGGUGUCGGCCAGAGUCUGGCCUGUGAGGGCCAUGAUGCCACCAUGCACUGUGGCUCCGGGGAGGUCAUUCAGAUCCGGGAUGCUUUCUACAGGCGCCAGACUACCCAUUAUUGCACCCAGGACGCUGGGAGCCCCUUGGACCUGGAGGAGAAAUGCAGCUGGGUCAGUGUCAAGGGCAAAGUGGCAGAACAGUGCCAGGGGCUGCAGGCAUGCCAGGUGGCAGCAAAUGGGACCUUCUCUGGAGACCUGUGCCCCACCUAGGGCAGUUACCUCUGGGUGCAGUACCAGUGUCGGGAAAGCCUGCAGCUGACGGUGUCCAAUGAGAGUUUCGUCUUCGAUAACGUCACCAUCUCCCUGAUGUGGCUCCUCUCUCCCUACACUGGAAACCUGUCCUGUAUCAUUAUCAUGGGGGAUGGCCACACUUUUGAUCCCAACUACAUCCCCAGUUUGUCCAGCAAAGUGAUCCAUCAAUUCACAUCUCCUGGGGAAUUCACUGUGUUUGCUGAGUGCACAACUAGUGAGUGACAUGUGACGGCUCAGAAGCAAGUGACAAUCUGAGACAAGAUGAAGAGACUCAGUGUGACUGGGUGCUCUGGCCUGUCCAAAUUAGAAGCCAGCCCUCUCUGCCGGGUUGUCUUCGGGGACCCUAUGUGGAUUCAGGUGGAGCUCAAUGGAGAAAUGGAGGUGACUUACACUGUGCUAUCAGAUAACACAACCCUGGCUGAAUCCAUCACACAUGCCCUGCUCCCCUACAACCUCACCCUGGACAGAACAGCCCAGCAGGGCGUGGGUCCAGGGAUGCACCACCUGGAGACCCGAGCCACCAGCAACAACACCACCUCUGCACCCUCCACAACCAUCACGGUCCACUUCAUGAAACCUCUGCCAGGGCCGCAGGCCUCCUGGGCUUCUGACCACUUGGAGCUUGGACAGGAUCCACUGGUCAACAUCUCAGUGGCUCAUGGCAUCCGAGAAGAGUUGACCUUUGAGGCAGCAGGACUCAAUGCAUCCUUCUCCCAUGAGGAAGAGAGCCUUGGGCGGCCAUCUGGGAUUUACCAUGUGGCAGGUCCUCUUGAAGGUACUUGGGAUUGUCUCAGAGCUCCUUCCAGUCUCCAAGAAUUAUCUGGAACAAAUGCUAAGGAAAAGAAUAGAGAUAAAGGGGAUGUGGAGGUAUAUGUGGAACCUGGUCAGUAUGUGGAUCAUUUCACGACAGUGACUCUGUGCUGGCUGGAUAGUGACAAGGAUUUACACUUCCACUGGUCAUGUGGCCAUUGCUGGGCUCAGUGGAACGACUGUGUUGAGAGGCAGCUGCUUUGCACAGACCAGAGGGAGCUGGUGGUCCCGCCGUCCUGCCUGCCACCACAUUCUGCAGUCACCCUGCACCUGGCCAUCUGGAGAGACCAGGAGCUGGAGAAGCAGGAGGAGCAGUGCUUUUAUGUGUCCGCCCCCCUGAAACUCAAGCCUCUAGUCAGAUACUCCUGCGUUCUUUUCCAGGCGGCCACAGUGCCUCAGCUGCUCAAAGUUGUGAACCAGGACGCCCUCCUGCUGGGGAGACUGCCCACGGGCCUUCCAGCCACACUGGCCACCCCCUCCAUUUUCGUGUACACCAAUAGAAUUCAGCCCCGGAGCUGGCAAGACUCCUCUGUGCACAUUGCCGCUGCCAACUCUGCGACCUUCACCCUGCCUGCUGCCUCCUCCCUUGGCUUCAUGCAGGACUGUCAGGAGCCCAUGGACAUACGGAUGAUGAGUUUCCCAAAAAGCCCUUUCCCAGCCCAAAAUCACUUUGAUGUCAGCGGAACUGUUGGGGGCCUCUCUCUGACCAGCUCUAGUGGACAGCUCAUACUGAAGAAUCUGUUGGAGAAUAUCAAGAUCCUGCUGCCUCGGUUUUCAGAAGGACACAGUGAGCCAACCGUGUUGAAUCUGACCAGUUCUGAAGCUCUGCAGGUGAAUUUGACUUCAGGUACAGCUCUGGGGACCCAGCUGCACUGGAGACCUGACAUCCCACUCACACUCAGCCGGUAUGGCUACCACCCCAACAAGACCAGCUAUGACGCCAAAGCUCACUUUCCACUAGUGACUUCUCCAGAUGGGCUGUCCACAUGGAAACUGAGCCCAGAGGUCCUGCACUUUGGAGAAGGUGUCUACUAUCUGACUGUGAUCCCCGAGUCUGAUCUGGAGCAGACCCCUGGCAGAGACCUCACAGUUGGCAUCACCACCUUCCUUUCCCAUUGUGUGUUUGGGGAUGAGAUCCAGGAAACUGGGGACAAUUCUGGGUGCCAGGUGGGGCCACGAACCACUCCCUUCCAGACACACUACCUCUGCAACCAUCUUACCUUCUUUGGAAGCACAUUCUUGGUGAUGCCCAAUGCUAUUGAUGUCUGCCAUACCAGAGAGCUCUUUGCCACCUUUGAGGACAAUCCUGUGGUUGUGACUACCGUGGACUGUCUCAUCGUGGCCUAUGUAUUGGUGGUGAUCUGGGCAAGGAGGAAGGAUGCUCAGGAUCAGGCCAAGGUGAAGGUCACAGUGCUGGAGGACAAUGAUCCCUUUGCCCAGUACCACUACCUGGUGACAGUCUACACUGGACAUCGGAGAGGGGCAGCUACUUCCUCAAAGGUGACUAUAACUCUAUAUGGCCCGGAUGGAGAGAGUGAGCCCCACCACCUGUCAGACCCUGACAUUCCAGUUUUUGAACGAGGAGGAGUGAAUGUCUUCUUACUCUCCACCCUGUUCCCCCUGGGGGAACUGAGGAGCCUGCGGCUGUGGCAUGACAACUCAGGGGAUUGGCCAUCCUCCCUGAGAUCAAGCAAGCCCCCUCGCGGCCUGCCCUGGUGGUGUGUCCUGGUGGGCUGGCUCCUGGUAGCCGCCACCAGCAGUAUGGCAGCCACCAGCGGUGUGGCUGCCUUCUUCACCAUGCUAUAUGGUUUGCACUACGGCAAGACCAACUCCCUCAAGUGGCUCAUCUCCAUGACUGUCUCCUUUGUAGAGAGUGUGUUUGUCACCCAGGCCCUGAAGGUGCUGGGGUUUGCUGCCUUCUUUGCACUGGUCUUCAAGAGCACAGAGGACGAAGGGGAACCUAUGGCCUCUCUCCCGGGAUAUUUGUCCAGCCCAGACCCCUCCACCUUGUUCCGAGGACAAAGUAACAGCAGAAAGGAUGUCUACCAGCUGCCUCUGGCUGCCAACAUAGAGAAGAAAACCACUCACCUCAAGGAACAGAAAGCAUUUGCCCUAAUCAGAGAAAUCUUGGCCACCCUCCAGAAAGGCUUGAUUUUGAGUCAUCCCACUGAUGACUUCUGGAUAGAAACGAUGGCUCUGAUUGGGAGCGGAGGAACCUUCUUUACAUGCACAGACCUACAGAGCCUGCGCCUGUAUCCCUUCAUUGAUGGCUGGCACCCCUUUGUGGUGGCGGCAGAGGUAAUCUACCUCCUGUUCCUCCUCUACUACAUGGUCAUGCAGGGCAAGCUUAUGUGUAAGCAGAAGUGGCACUAUUUCCACAGCAAGUGGAACCUUCUGGAGUUGGCCAUCAUCUUGGCCAGCUGGAGUGCCCUGGCAGUGUUUGUGAGGAGGGCCAUCCUAGCGGAGUGAGACAUCCAGCGAUAUCAGAAACAAGGGGAGGAGGGGAUCAGUUUCAGUGAGACAGCCGCAGCUGACACUGCCCUUGGCUACAUCAUUGCCUUCCUGGUACUGCUGUCCAUGGCAAAACUUUGGCAUCUGCUCAGGUUAAACCCCAAAAUGAACAUGAUCACAUCAGCUCUACACCAUGCCUGGGGAGACAUUUCAGGCUUUGUCAUCAUCAUCUUUAUCAUGCUCCUGGCUUACUCCAUUGCGUCAAACUUGAUAUUUGGUUGGAAACUCUGCUCCUACAAAACCCUCUUUGCUGCAGCAGAAACGAUGAUCAGCCUUCAGGUAGGAAUCUUCAACUCUGAGGAGGUAAUGGGGUAA